CCAUUUUGGCUCAAGCCGCUCCUGCGCAGUCCUGGCCAGCCUGCUCUGGCACGUCAAAGCGCUCGCGUUCACCGGCGAACCAUGGACGUCGACAAGAAGAGGGCUCAGGACGCGAAGGCCAAGCACGAAGAGCUCGAGAGGAAGGGGAAGCUUGCUCCAGAGGAGCCCGUCCAGCCCAAGUCUCAGGAGGAGGUGCAGGCGGAACGCGAGUGGAAGAAGAAGAUGCAGGAGAAGGAGGCGCUCGACCCAAAAGCGAUCGAGGCCCUCGAGAAGGAGGUGGAGGAAGCGAAGAAGAGGGCGGGGGCCGCGUGA